GUUUUAAUAUAUAUUUGAAUAGUGUUUUACAUAAAAUAUAUGUAUUAAUUGUAAAUAAUUUAUCUUUGUUUAAGAGCGGAAGAAUAUGUUGAUGAAAGGAGAGAGUUUUUCCGCGGAGGAGCGAGCAGUCUCCCCCAUGUCGACACCCAGCCAGCACUCUGUUAUUACCUCCGUGUUAUCAUCGUCAAUAUGGUAGUUUAACGCACCUACGCCCACGCGCCCUGUGCGCAGUACACCGCAAACAUGAUGGAGCUUUCUUUAAUUACAUUGGUGAUCUCACCAAGGAGUUUUAUAUUGAUAAAAAGAAGAGAUAUAUAUAGCCAUGGAGUACAGCAGGAUGGCCAGUCUGGCCUCAUGGCCUUUGGAGUGUGAUCAGGAUUUUUCCUUGGGGGCCAAAGCAACAUCUUACCUACCUACUGCCACAUUAGAUCCCAGCUGUGACGAUGCCAUAUUUGCCCUCCCAGAUUGGAUGGAGAGCAGAGAGAACUUGGGUCUUGCCAACAUAAAGCUGUUUGAUGAUGUUGCAUUUUCCCAGAAUUUGGAAAAUGACAUCUCAUUUCAAGAUCUUGAUGUGGCUGGCAAUGUGGAUGAUUAUAAUUUUAGUACACUUAUUAAACCAGAAGAUAUGCUUAUUAAACCAGAAGAUAUGUUCAUUAAACCAGAAGAUAUGCUUGUACCCCUCUCAGAAUUGCCGCCACAGACAAGCACCCAAGAGGGUCUCUCGAUCAACCCCAAAUCUCUAACAUCAACAACUCCAAAGAUUAUCAUCCGUAUGAAAAAGGUGGCUGUAUGUACACCUACGAUAAAUACUAAUGAUUAUCUACACUUACCGUGUAAAGUUUUGCCCACUUCACAGUCAUCCUACAUUCCAAGCACAAACAACUCACAGCAUAUGCAAUCGACCUCUCCCCUUAAUGCUGCUACCAGUAUUUGUGAUGCUGAAGACUUGAUCAAUGAAGUGGUUCAGAUGAUGGAAAAUAAAACAGACAGUAAUGGUUUUAUUACUAUGAACACAUCCUUAGAUUCCUCCAUGGUUGAAGCCGACAUGGAUGAUUUACUUUCACAAUUAGAAUCCGGUAGUACCGAUUUGGAGUGUUCUGAUGUUUCUUCCUGGGGUUCAGAACCUGCAUCACCUGUAUCAAUCCCUUCACCAGUGCCGUCAACUGGUAGCCUUACUCCAGAACGAUCCUGUAAUGAUUCUCUCUUCCAUUCUCUCUCAUCUCCAAAAUGUAACAAAAAUACUCAAAGAAGUUCUCCAUCACAUAGUGAGGAAAACUUUGUUGAGUGGAUUCAGACAGACGAACAUUCUUGCUCAAGUUCACCACGAAAAAGCAAAGUUUCGCGCAAAACCUCAUCACUUCGAAGUAUACCAUAUCCAGAGAAUAGACGAGAACGAAAGAAAGAACAAAACAAGCAAGCAGCUCUCAAAUACAGACAGAAGAAAAAACAGGAGGAUGAUGAACUGAUGUCACAAAUAAAGGCUGAGGAAGACAGACAGAAGCUCCUGAAGGCAAAGUAUUCAAAUUUGAAACAAGAGCUUACUUACCUUAAGAAGAUCAUGAGAGAGGUAUUCAUUGCCAAAGGAGUGUUAUCAGAAGAUGCUUUCAAGAAAAAAUAGAAGAAUGGCACCAAAUUAGUACAAAAAGUGGCAGUGUGGUAAUUUUCAGAUUGUAAGUCUUUUUAGUUUUAUAUUUUCAUGAAGGCAAGAUGUUGUUUUGGCCCCAUCCUGCACUCCAUAAGAUGAAAAACUGGGUGUGGUGUAUUCCUACG